AUGACCGUCAACAAGGCGCCGAAGAAUUCAUCGACAGGGAUCGUUGACGGUGCGCGUGCAGUCGAAAAGGGUUUGUGCAAGGGUGGUGACGCGAGAUGGUCUGAAUGCGCGAGUGCUAUCGAAGGAAGAGUCAAGUCAAGUGGUGACAAGUGUAUUUGUGGUCAAGAAGUGGAAACUACAUCCAAGGCGAACGACGACUACGAGAUGUCAAGAUGUGACAUGGUGCUGGACGAUGGGGGAGCUGGAAUACCUGGAACGCUCGGUAUCAUCGAGGUUGGCUGGAGCGCAGGGGCAAGACUCAAUCAAGAUUCCCAUGGUGCACGGAUGCAGCAGUGA